GGAGGGCCGGCGGCCGCGCGUCCUCGCGCCUCCGUUCCCAUUAGCAACCGGAGGCUUCCAAACAACCUGCCGCUCCCUCCGACCACUGGCGGUCCCGGCCAGCGGGCGGGGACACGCGUCAACGCGGCGGGCAGACGACUCACCUGGUGGCUGCCGCCGGGCUCGGCUCCGGACUCCUCCCCGCCGCCGCCAUGGCAGAGUUGGGCUUAAAUGAACACCACCAAAAUGAAGUUAUUAAUUAUAUGCGCUUUGCUCGUUCAAAGAGAAUCUUGAGACUCAAAACUGUAGACUCCUGCUUCCAAGACCUCAAGGAGAGCAGGCUGGUGGAGGAGACCUUCACCGCGGACGAAGUCUCCGAAGUCCUGAAUGGGUUGCAGACCGUGGUCCACAGCGAGGUGGAGUCAGAGCUCAUCAACACUGCUUAUACCAAUGUUCUUCUCCUACGGCAGCUGUUUGCACAGGCUGAGAAAUGGUACCUAAAGCUACAGACAGACGUCUCGGAGCUAGAAAACAGAGAAUUAUUAGAACAAGUUGCAGAAUUUGAAAAAUCAGAAUUUACAUCUUCAAAUAAAAAGCCCAUCAUAGAUAUCACAAAGCCAAAACUUGUUCCACUUAAUGAAGGCGGAACAACAGAACUCCUAAACAAGGAAAUAUUGAGACUACAGGAAGAGAAUGAGAGGUUGAAAUCAAGGCUGAAAACCAUUGAAACGCAGGCUACAAAUGCACUGGAUGAGAAGUCCAAACUAGAAAAGGCACUUCAAGAUUUACAACUUGACCAAGGAAAUAAGCAGGACUUGACCAAGUCCCAAGACCUGAGUGACUUGGAAAACACAGUGGCAGCUCUCAAGAGCGAGUUCCAGAAGACCCUCAGUGACAAGACCGAAAACCAGAAGUCCCUGGAGGAGAACCUCGUCAUAGCCAAGCACGACCUCCUCCGGGUUCAGGAGCAGCUGAGCAUGGCCGAGAAGGAAUUAGAGAAGAAAUUUCAACAGACAGCAGCCUAUCGAAACAUGAAAGAGAUUCUCACCAAGAAGAACGACCAGAUCAAAGACCUGAGGAAACGACUGGCAAAAUACGAGGCUGAAGACUGACUGACGCCUGAAGAUGGCCCCCAGAGCCUGCCACCUGGCCGUGGAGCCGCCCCUCCCGCAGCGGGCACCUGUUCCCAAGUACUUUGUCAUCAUCUAGUCUCGCUCCUAUUUUUCUAAUAUUGAAGCUUUGCUUUUAAUGCUUACAAUGAAAGUUCUGACUUUUCAGUUCUCUUGCCGGAAGGGGCUGUGUGCUCAGGGCUCCGCAGUCUCCGUGUGCAUGCAGAGAACGGUUCCGUGCAGAGGGUCUUAGCCUGUGUGUUCAGAUAAAGAGUGUCUUUUU